AUGAGCUACGGAGGCGGUGGAGGCGGCAAGAAGGGUGGUGGUUUUGGUGGUGGCGGAAAGAAGGGAGGUGGUGGUGGUGGUUACGGUGGUGGAGGUGGAAAGAAAGGCGGUGGUGGCGGUGGUUACGGUGGUGGAGGUGGGAAGAAGGGCCGUGGUUUUGGCGGUGGUGGAAAGAAAGGCGGUGGUUUCGGUGGUGGAGGAAAGAAGGGUGGAGGUGGCCAGCGGUACAGAGUCAUAAGGCUGGUGCCCGUCAGCGGUGGAUACGGCGGAGGUGGCGGUGGCGGUUACGGUGGUGGUGGUGGUGGUGGAGGAGGAUACGGUGGUGGUGGCGGAGGAUGGUGA